UUGUCUAUUAGAAAUACUUAGUGAAAUAUUUAGAGGUAAAAACAUAUGAUUCUGGGAUUUGCUUUAAAAUACUCCAGAUCUAUUCAUGAAUUACUUGUUCAAAGAGAAAAAAAUUCUUACUGAAAAAGGAUUCAUAGAGACACAUGGUGGCGCUGCAGGAUAAGAUGAAAAUGAUGCAUGGUCAACACUGUGGGCUCUAUUAUUCAGGGGAAGAGAGAACAUCCAACCCACCGAAAAGGAAGGUACUAAAGGAGCUUCUUCUACAGAGCUGCUGGAGGGCUAUUUACCCACCAGGGGGUUCUUAGUAAAAAAUCAGGGCUUCAGCUUCCAAAAUUGGCGCUGAAUUUAAAUUUUUCCACAAAAGAAGUUGCCUGAAGGAAGCAUGGCGAUCAGAGGGGCGCUCGCUCUGCAGAAAAGGCAAGUCCUGAUUCUCUUUGUUUUGCUGGGAUUGUCUCAGGCGGGUCUUGAAUCUGUGAGCUAUUCUGUGGCAGAGGAAACAGAAGUUGGCUCUUUUGUGGCCAAUCUGGCAAAAGAUCUGGGGCUUGGGGUGGAGGAGCUGUCCUCAAGGGAAGCCCGGGUAGUGUCUGAGGAUAAUAAAAAGCAUUUGCACCUCGAUUUGCUGACUGGGGAUUUGGUCCUAAAUGAGAAACUGGACCGAGAAGAGCUGUGUGGCUCCACCGAGCCCUGUGUGCUGCAUUUUCAGGUGGUAUUGGAAAACCCUUUACAGUUUUUUCGGGCUGAGCUGCAUGUCAAAGAUAUAAAUGAUCACUCCCCUGCAUUCCUGGACAAGGAAAUACUUAUUAAAAUACCAGAAAGUACCACUAUCGGAACCACAUUCCUAAUGGAGAGCGCCCAAGAUUUGGACAUAGGAAGCAAUAGUCUCCAAAACUACACAGUUAGCCCCAAUUCUCACUUCUACAUUAAAGUUCGAGACAGCAGUGAUGGAAAAAUAUACCCAGAACUGGUCCUGGACAGAGCGUUAGAUCACGAGGAUAAGCCGGAGCUCAGAUUAACACUCACAGCACUGGAUGGUGGAUCCCCACCCAGGACUGGGACAACUUUGGUUCUCAUCAAGGUCUUGGACGUCAAUGACAACGCCCCUGAAUUUCCUCAGAGGCUCUAUGAGGUGCAGGUCCUGGAGGACACACCCGUUGGCUCCUGGAUUAUCACCAUCUCUGCUAAGGAUUUGGAUGCAGGAAAUUAUGGGGAAAUAUCUUACACAUUGUUGCAUGCAUCAGAAGAUAUUCGUAAAACAUUUGAAAUCAAUCCAAUAUCUGGGGAAGUACAUUUGAGAUCACGCCUGGAUUUUGAAGUAAUACAGUCAUACACUAUAAAUAUUCAGGCAACAGAUGGUGGGGGUCUUUCAGAAGAAUGCACUCUUCUGGUUAAAGUAAUAGAUAUAAAUGACAAUCCACCAGAAGUGACCAUGUCGUCAAUUACAAAGAUAAUUCCAGAGAACUCCUCAGAGACCCUUGUCGCUCUUUUUAGUGUCCGAGAUCAAGACACUGGGGACAACGGGAGGAUAGUUUGCUCUAUUCAAGAUGACCUCCCCUUUUUCCUGAAACCAACCUUCAAGAACUUUUUUACUCUGGUUUCUGAAAAAGCACUGGACAGAGAGAUGAGAGCCGAGUACAACAUCACCAUCACUGUCACCGACUCGGGGACACCCAGGCUGAAAACAGAGCACAGCAUAACCGUGCUGGUCUCCGACGUCAAUGACAACGCCCCCGCCUUCACCCAAACCUCCUACACCCUGCGGGUCCGCGAGAACAACAGCCCCGCCCUGCACAUCGGCAGCGUCAGCGCCACAGACGCAGACGCAGGCGCCAACGCCCAGGUCACCUACUCGCUGCUGUCGCCCCACGACCCGCACCUGGCCCUCGCCUCCCUCGUGUCCAUCAACGCGGACAACGGGCACCUGUUCGCCCUGCGGUCCCUGGACUACGAGGCCCUGCAGGCCUUCGAGUUCGGCGUGGGCGCCACAGACCGAGGCUCGCCGGCGCUGAGCAGCCAGGCGCUGGUGCGCGUGCUGGUGCUGGACGACAACGACAACUCGCCCUUCGACCCGCUCACCGUCUACUUGGUCAUCGCCCUGGCCGCGGUGUCGUCGCUCUUCCUCUUCUCGGUGCUCGCGUUCAUCGCGGUGCGGCUGUGCGGGAGGAGCAGGGCCGCCUCGCUGGGUCGCUGCUCGGUGCCUGAGGGCCACUUUCCGGGCCACCUGGUGGACGUCAGCGGUACUGGGACCCUGUCCCAGAGUUACCAGUAUGAGGUGUGUCUGAGGGGAGGUACUGGGACAAAUGAGUUUAGAUUUCUGAAGCCGAUUAUCCCCAGUCUUCCAGUCCAUGAUACUGGUGGGAAUAUGGCAGGAAAUGAGAACUUUAGGAAUAGCUUUGGAUUCAACAGUCAAUAAAAUAAUUUAUUUUAAACUUCUCCUUCUUUAUUAUUCUUAGCAGAAAGCAUCUAGUUUUUGCCUAUCUGUAAUAGAUUUUAGGUUGCACUAUAGUUGCAUGUAUUAUCAUUUCUUACAGUCUCCUCACAGUUGCUUUAAAAAUCUUUUUUUAGUGG